UCCGUACUAUAUUAAAUCGCCACCACAAGCUCCACCAAGAUAACCAUCUAAUUAAACUAUUAAACUACGAAAUACUAUAGUAUAUAUUCGAAUACCUUUCUUCUUCAAUUAAUUCUUCAAACUUCAAUAUUCAUUCCAGAUUAAUUUUGAUUUGUAUGUAGUAGUGUCUCUGGCUGAUAAAUUAGUUGAAGAAUUAUUAAGAUGAGAAAAAAGUGUAACUUGGAGCUCAGGCUUGUCCCUCCUGCUUGUGUUACAAUGCGGGAUAAAGGAAGCACAGAUCAAGAGAAGCAGCAGCAGCUAACCAUAUUCUACGAUGGCAAAGUUGUGGUUUCUGAUGCUACUGAGCUUCAGGCUAGAGCUAUAAUACAUCUUGCAAGUAGAGAAGCAAAGGGGAACAUAAAGACGCCAUCUUCACAUUCGGAGACACCAUCACCAUUAUUACAAUCUCCAACAGGUCUUUCCAUGAAGAGAUCUCUGCAAAAAUUUCUACAAAAGAGAAAAAAUAGAGCUGAAGCCAUUUCUCCGUAUCAUCACUAGCUAUUAAUAAUACUAAGUUUGGUGAUCUUUUAUUUAUUUUUUCGUUACUUCUUUUUUCCCUUCUUCUAGUGGGGUUUUCUGAUGAAGAAACAUAAUCUUUUU